AUGGCCAAUACUGGCCAAAAUCAACAAAAACAACAAAAUCAUCAUCAAAGAUUAAAAUAUUUAUAUUUUCAUUAUAAUAAUAAUAAUAACAAUAAUAAUAAUAGUUCAUCGAUUCUCCUAAAUAAAGUACCGUCAUCACCAUCUGUAUGCACUUCGACACACCAUCAACAAACGAUGACGAGUUCGUCGAUAUCUCCUUGGUAUCAUUCAUCAACACUUGGCGGUGAUAACGACGAUUCGUCCUUUUGUGAUGGAACAAAUAUAACAAUAAUGACUAAACCAUCAUCAUCACUUUCAUUAAAUACUGAUUCAACAUGUACACAUCAACAAUCAUAUGAAAAUUAUGGACAUUUUUUUGUUAAAAAAACAUUUCAUAAACCUACAUAUUGUCAUCAUUGUGUCGAAAUGUUAUGGGGUCUUAUUGGACAAGGAUAUUAUUGCGAAGUAUGCAAUUUUAUAUGUCAUGAUCGUUGUCGAAAACAUGUCAUUUCGCCAUGCUCAAGCAUUGCACCUAUAUUAAUCAAAAAUCCCGUGUGCCACAUAUGGUCGGAUAUAUCCCGGUUUAAACGUAAAUUUUGCAAUAUAUGUCGAAAACGACUUGAAGAUAUUUCAGCUGUACGAUGUGAAGUUUGCGACUAUUAUGCACAUGAAGAUUGCAAAGAUUUUGCUGUUAAUGAUUGUCGUGAAACAGCUACAUAUGCACCAACAAGAGAUAAUUCAACAACAUCAGUUAGACAUCAUCAUCAUUGGCGUGAAGGAAAUUUACCAACAAAUUCAAAAUGUGCAAUAUGUCGAAAAACUUGUUGGUCAAGUGAAUGUCUUGCUGGUAUGAGAUGUGAAUGGUGUGGAAUAACAACUCAUAGUACUUGUCGCUCGCGUGUACCAGAAGAAUGUGGUUUUGGUACUCUAAGAGAUAUUAUUAUUCCACCAUAUGCUAUAUCAAUUCCACGUAUAGCUGAUCUUAAUAAAGAUCUUAUAUUGGGUAUUGGAAAUAAUAUGUCUAAACCCAUGCAAAAUAUUACUUCACAAUUAAAUAUUAAUGUUCUAACAGGACCUGAUUAUAUGAUAAAUUCAGCAUCAGAAUCAAAAAGUGGUUUACCUAUUAUGAUAAGUUCAUCAACAGAACAUCAAUCAGGUGGAGACACUGAUGUUGGUAGUAGUGUUGGAAUAGAAAGAGAUCAUCGUAGUCCAGGAGGUGAAGUUUUCUCAAGUCCAAAUGUACAAAUAGAAACUGCACCUAGUAGAUCAAAACGAGAGAAACAACCAAGUAAAGGACAACAAGAUGAAGAAGAAGAACGAGAAAUUAUUCGAGUUUAUGAUGGUAAUGCAACUUUUCGUAAUGGCACUCCACGUUCUAUAUCCGUAGCUAGACAAGCAACUUAUGCCCAAAUUCUGGAGGCUGCUCUCCGCACAUUCCAUAUCAAUGAUGAUAGCACAAAAUAUUGUAUAACUAUACCUAUAGAUGAUUUUGGCGGUGAUCAACCACUUGAUGAAACAAUGCCAUUAAAAUCCCUGAAACAAUUUAGUCGUCGUAAACUGAAUAUAUAUAUUCGAUAUAAAGAACGAGGUGAUAUGGAUUGUGAUUAUGUUCGAGUUUAUCCAGGCAUACUUAAAACUCAUGAUUGUUUUAAAGUUAUUAAAGUAACAUCAUCAAGUACAACAUCAGAAGUUAUUGCUAAAGCUCUAUUAGAUUUUGGUUUAACAAAUGUAAAUGCUGAAAAAUAUUCGCUGGUCGAAGUAUUACUUAUAUCAAAUGUUAAUUAUACAGAUCGAAUAUUAGAACCAAAUGAAUAUCCUUUACAUGUUUUACGACAACAGAGAAAAGAAUCUGUUCGUAGUCAUCGUGUAACACGUUUUUAUUUACAACAUAAAGAUGAUCCACAUGGACCAUCUGUAUCUUUAUUUGUUGGUAAUUUACCUCCAGGACCACGUACAGAAAAACAAUAUGAAAAAAUUCUAUUUCAAGAUAUAUUUAAAUCAAAUAAAGAUUUAAAAUGGGAUAAUAUGGAAGUUAUUUAUUAUGAACAUGGAGCAAUGGUAUUAGUUUAUAAUGAUAGUGAUCGUGCAACACGUGCAUAUUCAAUAUUACGACAAGCAUAUCAUGAUCACAAACAAUUAUUAGUAUUAAUGUUACCAAAUAUUCAACCACAAACUAUACCACCAAAUAUAUGUCCAUUACUUGUUUUUGUUAAUGUUAAAUCAGGUGGACAACAAGGAGCUGAAUUAAUAACUAAUUUUCGUCAUUUACUUAAUCCACAUCAAGUAUUUGAUUUACAAAAUGGUGGACCAUUACCUGGUCUAUAUGUUUUUCGAAAUAUACCACAUUAUCGUAUAUUAGCAUGCGGAGGUGAUGGUACUGUUGGUUGGGUACUUAGUUGUUUAGAUAAUGUUGGACAAGAUGCAUUAUGUCAAUCACCGCCUGUUGGUAUUGUACCACUUGGUACAGGUAAUGAUUUAGCACGUGUUCUUCGUUGGGGUUCAGGUUAUACAGGUGGUGAAGAACCAUUAGCAUUGCUCAGAGAUAUUGUUGAAGCUGAAGAAAUUAAAUUAGAUCGUUGGACAGUUGUUUUUCAUCAAGAUCAAGAUAAACGUUUACCAACAACAACAUCAGAUACAAAUAGUAGUAAACCAACAACAACAACAACAGCAACAACAACAAAUGCAGAAGAGAAAAGAAAAAAAAUACGAAAACUUAAUUUUCCACCACCAACUGUAGCUUUACCGAUUGUUUUACAGGAAGGUUCAACAAGUGAAGAUAAAACUGAAAUGUUUGUUAUGAAUAAUUAUUUUGGACUUGGUCUUGAUGCUGAUAUUUGUUUGGAUUUUCAUAUGGCAAGAGAAGAAAAUCCAAAUAAAUUUAAUAGCCGAAUACAAGCAAAAGGUUAUUAUCUUAAAACCGGUUUAAGAAAAAUGAUGAAAAAAGGUGGUUUAAAAGAUUUUACAAGAGAUAUUGUACUUGAAGUAGAUGGAAGACGUGUUGAUUUACCAUCACUUGAAGGCAUUAUUAUUAUGAAUAUACUCAGUUGGGCAAGUGGUGCAAAUUUAUGGGGACAUGAAAAAGAUGAUAAAUUUAGUCGACCAACACAUUAUGAUGGAAUGUUAGAAGUAGUUGGUGUAACUGGUAUUGUACAUCUUGGUCAAAUUCAAUCGGGUAUUCGUUCUGGUGUUCGUCUUGCCCAGGGUGGACAUGUUCAUAUUCGCAUGAAUAAUGAUUAUCCAGUACCAGUUCAAGUCGAUGGUGAACCAUGGCUUCAACCUCCCUGUGACAUAACUAUAAUACGAUCAGCACUUAAAGCAACAAUGCUUCGAAAACGUAAAUCUAAAAUCAAACGUCGAAAUACAGAACCAACUGUCUAUUUUCCUGAUGGAGAUGAGGAUUCAAAAUGUUGA